GAAGCUCGGCGGCCUGGCCACUUUUCUGGGAUGAGCAGCUGCAGGCGCCGUUUCUGCCCUAGUAGGCUGGCUACGUUGUGAUUCAUGGAGCAGGGAAGCAGCUUGGAAAAAGAGCCUUUGUUGCCGCCUCCGCUGCCAGGGGCUGCCAAGCGUCACCGGCUCUACUCGGGCAGGGGCAGCGGAGACCUGGAGGAUGAUGGACACUGCUGCGUGUCCGCGGCCUCCUCGCCUCGUUCUGGCGGGCCUGCCAUUGGUGACCCUGACCUCUACCUCAACCAAGCUGUAGUAUUCAUUGAAGAUGCAAUUCAGUAUCGUUCUAUAAAUCAUCGUGUGGACUCUAACUCCUUGUGGCUUUAUCGGUGGUAUUAUUCAGAAGUUUGCCAAUGGAUUUUGAUCUUCACCAUUACACUAAUCCUGGCUCUUGCUUUCGUUGAAACACCUUCUUCACUUACUGUCACAUCAGAUGUUCGGUAUCGCUCCGAAGCUUGGAAGCCUCCUUGUGGCCUGACUGAAAGCAUUGAACUGCUUUGCUUCCUUGUCUUUAUAGCAGACAUCUCUGUAAAGAGCUAUUUAAUUGGAUGGGAAGAAUUUCGGAAAACCAAGUGGUUAAUGGCCUACAUCCUGGUCCUGCUCAUCUCCCUUAUAGAUUGGAGCAUUUCGCUGAGUUCUUCCUGUCAUGAAAACCUGAGGAUAAGACGUAUCCUUCGACCUUUCUUCCUGCUUCAGAAUUCUUCAAUGAUGAAAAAAACACUAAAAAGCAUCAAAAGGACAUUGCCAGAAAUUACAAGUGUUAUGCUGCUCUUAGCUGUUCACCUGUUUCUCUUUACCAUGUUUGGCAUGUUGCUGUUUGCUCGGACAAAAGAUACCCAACAGGAUAAAGAGUGGCAAGGAUAUUUUCACAAUUUGACAGAUUCAUUAACUUCAUUGCUGGUGCUGUUGACAACUGCAAACAAUCCAGAUGUGAUGAUUCCUGCAUAUUCUAAGAAUCGAGCAUAUUGCAUCUUCUUUAUACUCUUCACUGUAAUAGGAAACUUAUUUCUGAUGAACUUGUUGACAGCAAUAAUAUACAAUCAGUUUCGGGGAUAUCUUUUGAAAUCUGUUCAGUCAUCGCUUUUCCGGAGACGCUUGGGAAUCCGGGCUGCCUUUGAAGUUCUUUGUUCUUUGAAAGACACUACCAUCAAUAAAAAUAUCUUGAGUGUCCAAUCUGAAGCUCUUCUUCAAGUCCUCCAGAAAGUAAAACUGGAUUCCUAUUGCAAAGAAGCAAUCAUUAGGAAGCUUGAAUCUUGUCCCCCAGGAGGGCUGUCGGCUACUCAGUUUCAGACACUUUUUGAUGAACUUGACAAGCAUAAAGUUAAAGAGCGUCCUCCCAAACCAGAUUAUCAGUCACCAUUCUUACAACGAGUUCAGUUUAUCUUUGGCCAUCACUAUUUUGGAUAUUUAGGAAACGUUGUAGCACUAGCAAAUAUUUCCUGUGUAUGCGGAAUCAUGGUAAUAGAUGCAGAUAAGCCACCUGCUCUGCGAGAUGACUUUUUUUUAGGGGUUACAAACUGUUUCUUUAUUUUGUACUAUCUUCUGGAAAUAUUGCUGAAAUUAGUGGCCUUGGGAUUAAAAAGAUAUUUAUCCUAUCCGAGCAACAUAUUUGAUGGGCUUCUGACUUUGGUUCUGAUGGUUUUGGAGGUGUCCACAUUUGCUGUAUAUGGGUUUCCUCAUCCAGGCUGGAGACCUGAAAUGUUGGGCUUGCUGUCUCUAUGGGACAUGGUUCGUCUAGCAAAUAUGCUUAUUGUGUUCAGAUUUUUACGGAUCAUCCCAAACAUUACAUUCAUGUCUUUAGUUGCCAGUACACUUCUGGAUCUAGUGAAAAACAUAAGAACCUUUGCAGGAAUUUUGGUGGUGGCUUUCUAUGCAUUUGCAAUAAUUGGCAUGGAGCUGUUUGGAGGCACCAUUACUCCCAUGGGCAAUGUCAGCUUUUUAAAUACAACUUUCAAGUGUGGCACUUUUGAACAACUGGAGUAUUGGCCAAACAACUUUGAUGAUUUUGCUGCAGCACUAGUGACUUUGUGGGAUGUGAUGGUUGUGAACAACUGGCAGGUUUUCUUGGAGGCAUAUUCCAGAUAUACAUCUCCCUGGUCAAAAUUGUACUUUGUCACCUGGUGGCUGACUUCCUCUGUCAUCUGGGUCAAUCUUUUUAUAGCCUUGCUUUUAGAGAAUUUUAUUCAUAAAUGGGAUCGUCGCUGCCAUAGGCCGUCUCUCUCAGAAGUUGAAUAUCAAAUGACAGUGGAACUCCUCUUCAGGGAUGUUUUAGAAGAACCAACAGAGGAAGAACUGAUUGCACGACUUCACCAGCAUCCACAUAUGCAUCUAUAUAGAUGACAUCUAGCUGGAAGUGGCCAUCCAGCCUCAUCAUGCCUGCAUGCAGGUUUUAGAGCUAAAGAGAAGAUAACUCUUAUUUCUUUCUAGAAAGAGUCCUAAAAUCUUGAUUUUAUUUUUGAACGUUGCCUACAAUAGACGGUCUUUAAAGGGCACUUGGGUUCACUUCAAACAUAUUUUUUAAAUCCUAAUUUGACUUCCUUUUAAGUUGAUUUAUGGAAUAGAGCAUUAUGCUUUUAAGAAAGGGAAAGGGAUCAGUGAUACUGCACUUUAUAGUAAAUGUGGUGGAAGAUAAAUAAUCAAGUCUGCUGGUCUGGUGAUAGCGCUACAGACAGUACAAAAUCCAAACCUUCUACAGAGGCAAACUUCCUUUUUUAGUAUUUGUUGUGUGAUAUGCCAGGGCAGUGCCUUAUUGUUUGUAAAAGUGUUUUAGUAAAUGUCUAAACGUUUCAAAUGCAGGAUACAAGUUUAAAACUUAAAGUUAGGGAUUCAUAUAAAAAGUUGUUACAUGUUUCAAUGCGGCAAGCUAUUUUAGAAAGAAGAAGAAUACAAUCCCAGUUUUAAUAUCUGUCCAAAUCUUCAUAGUAACUUCAUGUGAAUAUCAUUUCAGCCCUUGGUUGACUGCAGGGUGGAUUUGAUUUAAAUCAAGUCGAUUUAAAUCAUGAUUUAAAUCAUGAUUUAAAUCACUAAUAAAAAGGCUUGAUUUAAAUCAACUCAAUUUAAAUCAUAAUUUUUAAAGAGCAGCUGUCAUCUCUGUCCCGCAGUGGCUCUUUCUCUGACCUGCUGUUGACUCACUGACAGCCCCAAUAUUGCAGAAUAUACAGCCUCAGGCUACAUAACUUAAGCUCCAUUUCAUGCUGAAUAAACUAAAUUAUUAAUGUAUCUUAAAUAGAAAACUAUCUAUUUAGAUAAAAAAUCUAGACAGAUUUUUACUCCAAAAGCAUUUUAUUAAAAUAAAUUUGAUAAAAAUAAAUCUGAUUUAAAAUUUAAAAAUCUGAUUUUUUUAUAUAUUAAAAAAAAUCAUCGAUUUUUAUCCACCCUGGUUGGCUGUAUGUUAUCUAGCAGCCUUUGGGGACUUGAAUUCAUGGCGUUAAGGUGUUUAAUGUUUUGUCUCCCUGCUCCUCUAAUCCCCUUCCUUACCAGGAUCAGCUCUUGUAGUUUUGAGGCAACGUAGACCAGGGAUGUCAAACUCACAUCAUCACGGCAGCAUCAUGUGACGUAUCAGGAUUUUUUCCCCUUCGCUAAACCAGGCGUGGGUGUGGCCAGUGCAUGAUGCAUCCAGUCUGCGGGCUGCGAAUUUGACAGCCCUGAUCUAGACUAACACCAUUGUGGGAAGAGAAUGGGUUACAACCCCUGUUUCUUUUUGAGGCUCAACUUUGCCUUGUUUUCCUUUUUUUGGUGAAGCCUAAUCUGUGUGUCAUUGGUGAAUUAAGUACUGGAGAGGAAAAGAGUUUAAAUAAUUGGCUUUCUUUUUAUUGUAGAGACUAGGUCUAUGUCGCAUACUUGGGUUCUUAGGUGAGUUUUGUAACUGUCCACAUGUAUUGUGGCAAACGUUUUGUGAGUACUCCCCAACCCAUUUGCGAGAACAUCUCUGACACAUAGACAUUAUUCAAAAUGCACUCAUUGGCCAUAAAAUGUGGGCACCUAAUAAAAAUGCAACAUUGUUUCAUGUCAGUAAAAGCAAAAUUAUAGAAAUUAAGUCCCUUAGUCCUUUUAAUCAUAUCAAUAGCAAAUACAUUUGUAUUGGCUAUCUUAUGAUUCCAUCAGGUGUUAUGUAAAUCUCUUAUCUGUGUGACUCCCUGAGAUUUCCUUUGAUCUGAAAAGAUGAUCCAUCUAGUGACCCAAUUUAGUGAAUUAUAGAGUUUCAAUUCUGUUAUUAAAUUAUUUCAUUCAUUCAGGGAUGCUAAAUAGAAUUAUUCUUCUACUUUCUGUCUAACUUCUGAAUUUUUUCAUCAGUGUUGAAAGGGAAAUUCUUUGACACCAUGAAGAAUUUGAUUAAAUAACUAUGGUCAUCUCAUAAUAUUUGGUUAAUUAAAAAUACACUGAACUAUUAAUUAUCUUCCUUAGGCAACGUAGUUCUGUUCAUAUAAUAUAUGCACUGUUUCUCAACCUCAGGAACUUUAAGAUAAGUAGAAAUGCCUGAGAAGAAUAGAAUAGAAUAGAAUUCUUUAUUGGCCAAGUGUGAUUGGACACACAAGGAAUUUGUCUUGGUGGCUAUGCUUUCAGUGUACAUAAAAAGAAAAGAUACAUUCAUCAAGAAUCAUAAGGUACAAUACUUAAAGAGAGUCAUAGGGUACAAAUAAGCAAUCAAAUCAUACUAGGAAACAAUAUAAAUCGUAAGGAUACAAGCAACAAAGUUAUAGUCAUACAGUCAUAAGUGGGAGGAGAUGGGUGAUAGGAAUGAUGAGAAGAUUAAUAGUAAUAGUAAUGCAGACUUAGUGAAUAGUUUGAUAGUGUUGAGGGAAUUAUUUGCUAGCUGAAGUCCACAUAUCUUAAAGUUGGUGACGUUGAAAAACACUGACAUAUAUAAAGGUCAUAUUUUACUUAACCUGGUUUUCUGGGUCCAUACAACAUACUGAGCCAUUAAUUCAUCAGGUAGGCUGGUUCACAUAACAGUUUGCUUUAAAAUUGUGCAAGAGAUUUUGCAGUGAGAUGUUUUUGGCAUGAACUCUCAUAGACUGCAAAACCACCGGUUUUGUACAUUCCAAGAAAUGUUGAGCUCAAAACAGCUCAAACGUUGAGCCCAAAACAGCUCAGUUGCCAGAAGCCUCAAAACAAUUUUUUGAGUGCUCAUUAUGGGGACCUUUGUGAAGUUUUAUGCUUGAAAUAGUUCAAAAUGAAAUCUGUGGCAUACGCUACUCCAGUGUUUCUCAACCUUGGAAGCUUGAAGAUGGGUGGACUUCAAUUCCCAGAAUCUCCCAGCCAGCGCUGCUGGCUGGGGGAUUCUGGGAGUUGAAGUCCACCCAUCUUCAAGCUACCAAGGUUGAGAAACGCUGCUCUAGUCUAAGGCAAAACUCUUAGUCUUCAAGAAAUUGAAUGUUUCUUUUCUGGGCCAUGCUGAUUUAGGGAUGCUCCAGUGAUUUUCCAAAAGUUAAUCCUCUGAACUGGAAUCAGUUUGAUGUUCCAAACCCAAUCCUGUCCUUUUUUUAUGCAGAGCACCACAAACCCGUUCUGGAAAAGUGCUGAAUGUUACAUUUUGCAGUGGUAGAUUUUUUAUAUCCCUAUUAGGCUAUAAUAAACUAAAAACUAGUUUUUAGUUUAUUAUGUCAUACAAACACAGAUCAGUUUUGUAUUUUUGACCUAAAUAAAAGAGGAGGGGAUAGUUAAGAGACAGCUGUAUUUAUCACUAAGAAUUUCUUUCUCCCAAAUAAUUUUCUCCUUUAAAUCGCAAAGGUCAUUUUGGAUUUGCGGAGAAUGUGCCAAUGUAUCCAGAUGGAUUUUGUUUCUUCUGAGAAAUGUUAAAUGGAGAACAAAUAUAGCAGCUACUGCUAGACAUUUUUUUAAAAAAGAUUUAGUUAUUCCCUACUUGCCUUAAUUAAGAAUUAAUUAAUAAUAAGAUAAGUCAAUAUUAACGAAGAAAGACAAUGUGUUCCAUGUCACACAAAAUAUGGAAGCUGAAAGACUCUUGCAUCUCUGAGUGACCAUCUAGGAAAAUAUUUAUGCACUAUAAAAAUAAAAACAUUACAUUAACAGUUAUUAUUGAUCAAUAGCCAUUUCACUUGCUAUGAUCUGCAUUUCUGAUGUGCAUUCCUUUGGAUAUAUUUUCUUUUGUCGAUAGAGCUCCUAUUUUCAAAAGAAAAUCCUUUCUUUACUAUAUUACGGAUCGAUUGCAUUUUGAAUAUUACCCAUCCUUUAAAAUUCUUUUACACAAAGGAAGUUAAGGAAGAGCAACUAGGCCCGUGAUGGCGAACCUAUGGCACGCGGAGCCAUAUUGGUGGGCAUGUGAGCUCAGCUCCAGUGCGCGUGUGCGUGCCGGCCAGCUGAUUUUCGGGCCCUCUGGGCCCACCGGAAGCAGGGAAAU